AUGGCUUUAGCCAUUACUCUCUCUACAACGGUACCAAACCAAAGAGAAGCAUUCUUCAGGCCAGGAUCGUCAACAAGCCGGUUCCUUGCCUCUCAGUUGUCUCCAGGUCGGGGUGGAUGCGACCAAAAUCCUCUUGCUUGUAAAGCCACUGAAGGCAGUGCCGGGCCAGAUUGCUGCAGCAAAAAAUGUGUGGAUUUGACAUAUCCAACUGUGGUUCUUGUGGGAAGAGAUGCAUCAGCUCAGAGAUAUGCUGCAACGCUCAUUGUAUGA